AUGGCAUCAUCUCAAAAACCUACCUGUGUUACAACUUGCACAGCUGACUUUUGUUUAAUCCCUAUCGGUGGCGAAGAUGGAUCGAGUGUGGGUAAAUACAUUGCAGAGUGUCAGAGAGUCUUGGCUGGUACAGGCUUGACUUACAAAAUGCAUGGAUACGGUACUGGACUUGAAGGUAGUUGGGACGAAGUGAUGGCAGCGAUCAAAGCUUGUCAUGAAGCUGUCCAUCAGAUGGGUUGUCCUCGGGUUGCUACUGAUAUCAGGAUUGGAACACGUUUGGAUAAGCCUAGUACCUUAGAAGCCAAAGUUCAAAGUGUAGAGGAACACCUUAAGAACCAAACCUCAUGA